AUGCUCGGGAUCCACCAGACUCUUACGGGGUACCCUGCGGAAGGUGUCCAAUACCUUGUGCGCGGACGAGACGCUUUCCUUCUCUACCCCUCUGCAGAUGCAGUUAUCAUUCUAAAUGCCCAUACGCUCGCUCUAGUUCGCGUUCUUGCCUUUUGGGAGGCAUUCCCGGGGUUGAGGCACUGCGGAGAGAAGAUAUCCUGCUUAUCCGUUGACUCUGGCAUGAAGCUUAUUGUCGCGUCAAUGAAAUCAAAGCUUGCCGCUUGGUCUCUCUCUGAUAUCCAAGAAGGAACGUGGCGUAUACACUCCACACUUGUACUUCCCGAAGGCCAUAAUGUCAUGACGCUCGACAAUAAAGCUGGACUGCUCGCUGUUGGUUGUGAGAAACAAUUAUCUAUAUACACUCUGGUGUUAGAAAAUGAACUUCCAACUUGGUCCAAGAAGUGGACAGUCGGAACACCUACACCCAUUCUACUGAAUUUUGCGCCUUCAUUGAUGUAUAUUGCAACUGCAUCUAAAAAAGAUAACUCUGUCCGCCUGUAUUCUACCACUUCCGGUCUCCAGACUCAAAUAAUUCCUCAUCCACUCCCCGUCUUGAAAAUAUCAUGGAGACGUUCUCAGGCCACAAGUCGUGAUGAUUUUAUCCUCUACUCUGUUACAUCAGAUGCGACAUUGCGUAUAUUUUUUCCUGUCUUAGAUGCCCCCGACUAUCUACAACUACACGCUUCACUUGACAUCUACGCGUCCUUGCCCUUACAUGUUGUCAAUCAAUUAAAGUCCUCGGAAUCUUCUGUGUUCUGGCUAGACCGUAGGGCGACCGAGAAGGUCCUUGACUAUGUUCUACUUGAUUCAGCGCAAGUCGACGAGGCACACAAGAAAAGGAUUAAAGAAAUUAAAGACGACGGUUGGGACCUAUUCCUCAGAAUCCUUACUGAUGGAUCCAUAGUUGUUACUGGGGUGGCGAAUAUAGACCGGCGACCGCCAACCCUCCUGCAACAUUUCACACUACAGCAAUCUCAACCUUCGAUUUUCUCAACUCCGCCUACAUAUUUAUAUGUUCUUCCUAAUCCUGAUCCAAGUCUUCUAACAAUGAUCACAACUCCGCCGCUCAUGUCGUUGGAUUUAUCACCGCUCACCUUCUUCGAUGCUCGAUCGCAAGGAUUGAAAAUAAAGUCAUCGUGUUUAGAGCGCAUAGCUGAAGAGGAAUGUGAGAUCAUACGAUUUAUUCGUACUCCAGAAGGCAGAGGUGUUGGUGCUCUUCGUUCAGGUGGCCGCGGAGAAGCAUGGCAGAUUCAUGAACGCGGUACAAAGCUUGUUCGGGCCAAUACAUGGGAUCAAGCAGAUUUUGUGGUCGUUCUGGCUCAUGGAAAACAGUUCGUCACCUAUACAAAGAGUAGUUGCUCCCUGAUCUUGCACUCAUCACCUCCCCAAACCAUUCUGGUCCCUAGCUUGGAGUCACUGUUCACCAUUCCGUCACCAUCUCUCUACGAGUUUAUAAUUGGCGUCACCACAGAUUUCACCAUUAUCCAAUUUGAAGUUACCGGCCUUCCCAGCUUGUCUGUCAUUGGCCGGCAACAACUCCCUCUUGCACACACCCCAAAAUUUAUUUUGCCUGUAGAUCCAAUGGCGUGGGGUCACACGCAAGAUUGGGCUGGUCAUGAUGUAUUGCUCAGUAUUUCCGAGGACGGUGAAAUUGCCUUUUGGGUACCUGAGAUCACUGCUGAUGGUAGCUGGAGGUGUACUGGGAAAGUGCGCACCGGCAGGACAGGAUUUCGAAAAGUUAGGUGCAGCUCUGCCAAGAAAACAGUUCUCAUUGUUGGUAGUGAAUCAGGAGAUGAGCUGACUAUAUGGGACUCAACUGAAUCAGAGUUUGCGUCUGGCCUAGAAUACUGCAAAAAUUACAGAGAACUCAUCCUUGACUUGGAUUGGAGCUCUACUCCAGACAAGCAAUCUAUUUUGGCAGUCGGAUAUGAGCAUCGAGUUGAUAUUCUCUGCCAACAAAGAAUGACUUAUUUCUCCGAAGUGCCAGAUCCUGGAUGGGCCCUGUGUAGAACAAUCGACAUUACAGGGCUUACCCCAUAUCCCAUUAGCGAUUCGAUUUGGCUAGCGCAUGGGUCGUUUUUAAUUGCAGCUGGACAACAGAUGUACCUUUACAGCGAGCCACCUCCAACGAAAGAUCUUCCAACUUUCGGGGAAGAGAGUUUAUUUGAGUACGUUGCUCGCCAAAAUGGGCCCUUGGAUGAUUAUCAUCCCCAAAUGAUGCUGCAAUGCUUGAUAUGGGAUAAAACUGAACUGGUGAAGGAUGUAAUCGUUAACCUAGCUCGUUUCCUAAUUCCCGGUAUAUCUGAUGGUCGGACUACUGCGCUUCCUCACCUUCCGGUUGAUAGGUUUUUGAAGAAAAAUAAUCGAACUCAAAUUCUCGUGAAUAAAAGGCGGUACAAUCAACUUUUUGACGAUACUUCACUGCCUAUCGACGAUGAUAUCUACUUCUCUCGACCGCUAAUCACCCGCUUGAUCGAAAAGCUUGAAUCUCGUCCUUUGCCCAAUCUUUCUGCAAAUGAACAAGCACAUCUAAUCGUCCUAAUACAAACAACGUUGGAGAUUGACGAACAACGCCGUGCUCUGGAUUCAAAUGGACUUCGCUACCUCAUUUCUAUGAGGUCCUUUUACAUCAUCAAUCGUAGAGCAUCCAGCCAAGAAACUGGAGCAGAUCGAUCCAGUAAAUCGGCACGUCGCGAACGUCUGCGUUACAGGGAUAUGGUUUGGGCUUUCCAUAGUGAAAGCCAGGAACUUCUCCUUGAGGCAUCCAUUGCGUCUUGCAAUGGUAAGAUGACUUGGUCGGACACACGUGCUCUAGGAAUUGCUCUAUGGAUGAACUCUGGCGAAACCUUUAAGUCUCACAUCGAAGCUGUUGCUCGAAAUGAAUACAUGGUAGGCGAGAACCGGGAUCCAACUACGUGCUCCUUGUUGUAUUUCGCACUGGGAAAGUAUAAACUCGUCCAUGGACUUUGGAGACAAGCUGCAUGGCAUAAAGAGCAAAAUGCCAUGCUAAAAUUCCUCAGUAACGAUUUUUCUCAAGAGCGCUGGCGGACAGCAGCGCAAAAGAAUGCAUUUGCUUUGCUCAGCAAGCAACGUUUCGAGUAUGCAGCAGCGUUUUUCCUGUUAGGUGGCUCUUUAAAGGGUGCAGUAAAUGUUUGCCUUAAACAACUCGGCGAUUUCCAGCUCGCCAUCGCUCUUGCUCGUAUAGUGGAGCAGGGAACAGAGGGCCCAAUACUAAAGGAAAUAAUCACUAAUACUGUGCUUCCGAUCGCCUUCGCAUCUGGGAACCGAUGGCUUGGUAGUUGGGCUUUUUGGAUAUUGCACCGCCGUGAUUUGUCUGUCCGGAUACUCUUGACUCCUUUGCAAGAUAUCGCUUCGGCUUUUAAUGUUCAUGUCACCGAGAUCGGGGAACCUCAUUACGACGACCCAGGACUGGCGCUUUUGUUUUCUCAGCUGAGAUCAAAAACACUUCAAGCUGCUAAAGGAACUAGUGAGAUAUCUGGUCGAGCGGAAUUUAAUUUUGUGUUGCAGAUGGCGCGCGUCUUUUGUCGGAUGGGAUGUCAUGCUUUGGCUCUCGACCUCGUCAGCUCAUGGUCAUUUGCUCGACCAUCAACGCCGCCACGCGAGGAAAAAUCCCUCAAUCACCCGGCCAUAGCCUUUCCUACGCCCCUGUUCCCUCUGGGCCCUGCGUUAAAGCGCAGGGCAUCCAUUUUGAUUGACAUGGAUAUAGUUUCACUACCCCCCACUCGCAAAGCAUCGCCUACCGAGGAACCUUCGUUGAAUUCCCUUCCAAUUGAAACUAUUCAAGAGGAAAGUGAUCUAUUUGCGCGUAAGGCGGGCCUUGGGAACUUGAUGAAGUCUGCGAAACAUGAUGUUAAUGUUCCGGAAUUCGACAUGGAUGCAUUUUUCUGA